AUGGAAAGCCCAGAUGGUCCCAUUUAUUCUGGCGCCGACAAAUGGUUCUCCUCAGAUGGUGUUGACGGUGAUGGCCCCCAGGGUUGGCGUCUGGAUGUUGUUACGCUGCUCGCCGUCAUCGGCGAGUCCUCCAUUGCAGAACAUGCUCAGGUCAUCACCGCAAGCGUCCUAUGUCUCCUGCCGCGCAUUAUCCCUGCCCCUCAGGCCCUCUUGAAGCCCUCUCGCCCCCAGCGUCUACCCGAAACCUCAGCAAAGAUGACCGGCGUCUAUAGUGGUGUCGCUCUCGAUACCGUCAGCUUUUUCGCCAACAUCUUGCACCCGCUCGACGAGUUACCCGCCCUUGCCUUUAAAGUUCUUGAGAUAAAGCAUAGGGACAGGAAUAAUGCUGGAGGUAUCGAAGUCCCUCCACAAUCGCCUAAUGGAAGCGCUUUCUUCUCAAGAUUUCGAUCCAAUGGACGAACAAACACGAACCUCUCACUCGCAGCCAGGUCGAUCAAGGGUCCUCCGCCUGAUGCUCUAGAUGAUGAGCCGACGCCUAUACGGGGACGGGCCACUGGUCUCAGCGUCGCAUUUUCUGAUAUCGAGGCUGGUCCCGACCCACCACCUCAAGGGAUUACCCGACGCCAAACCAUGAAAGAGAAAGUCCAGGACUUCGUAGCUAACCCUACUCUAGCCAAUAAGGCAGAGCGACCUGCUAUUCCUGCGACCUUAUGGUCGCCUAUACAUAUCUUGGAAAUCUUCUCCGUGUUGCUCACAUUUAGCAUUAUUGGCUUUGCUGCCUGGCAGAAGGAUGGAACGGCCAUCAUCGCUGUCACGCUAAUGGCCACAGCAAGCUCGGUCGUCGGAUUGGCUUCCUGGUGGCGUCCCAUCCUAACGAACCGCAGCCACACCAAUAAGGUACCCGAUGGCGACAUUAUUAUACGCACUCGUGAAGGCGCCUUUCUGCUUAUCAAAUGCACAGAGGAAGUAGCUCGUGAGCUCUACUCGGGCACAGAGGAGUGCGCCUACAGAGUUGGCGGGCAGUGGUACCGUGCGCUUAUGGGACUAGGCACCUUUUUGCUGAUGGCGUCUGUCAUUCUAUUAGGCAAUUGCAAGUGGAACUCACAAAUAUUCGUGAGCGGUGCUUAUGUCGUUCUAAACGGCAUGUAUUGGGCCUUGGGUCUUAUCCCAAAACGUUACUUCUGGGAUCUCAGCCGCUACGAAUGUAAAGUCAUAACGCCAGAGGACUCCCUCAACGCAGAGAAAGAGACCAACCCAAACGACCCCCGUGAAGGAGUUAAGAGCUUCACACGGACGCUUUGGUGGGCUAUCCGCGAGACGAAGCGCACUGCCUGGGUCCAUAGGAACGGCGCGGCACCCAAUACUCCCCAAUGGCAGAAGUGGCUCGCCGAAGCCGAGGCUGCUGCCAAAGCGGGCGAUAGAAAGUGGAAGGCGGUUGCUCGCAAGGACGAAAUCAUGAAGAUGAGUGAGGAAGAUAUCGCCAAGAUUCCGUCUACGGCGCCCGCACGCGACUUUGACGAAGCUGAGCAGGCUGUUCCCGCGAUCCAGAUCCACCCUCAAGACAGGGACCAGGGAAAAGGUGGCGCGUUCUAG